GGUUCUACGUGGCGCUGGUUCUGGAGCGCUGGUGGGGGCAGUUCCGGACGGUGCCGGCCCCGGACGGGCUCAUGGUGGCCGUGGCCAGCAGCGUGCGCGGCUCGGACCCGCGGGGGCGGCUGCUGCGCCGGACGCUGCUGCGCUACGGCAGCCUGGCCGCGCUGCUGGUGCUCCGGGCGGUCAGCACGCCGGUGUACAAGAGAUUCCCCACCACUGACCACCUGGUACAGGCCGGGUUCCUGACGCGCGAGGAGCGGCGCCGGCUCGAGGGGCUGCGCUCGCCCUACAACAAGUUCUGGGUGCCCUGCGUGUGGUUCGGGGCGCUGGCCGGGCGCGCGCGGCGCGAGGGGCGCAUCGGGGACGACUGCGCGCUCAAGCUGCUCAUGGAG